UCGAAUUCCUCUGCCUGGCAGUGGGCGGGCGGGGCGGGCGAGGUCCCGGAAACGCUUCACGGCCCUGUCUAGUGCGUUGACCCGCCCCUUCCCACACACACUCUCUCUCCCCCCCCCGCUCGGUCUGCACUCUGCCGGUACCACCCGGAGACGCCCCCCUCGUCUCACGCAGACGGAAAGGGGGGGAGUUGUCCUACUCCACACACACACAAACACACCCCGGAAGCGACGGGGGCUUGGCCUCCUCUGCUGCCCCCAACGCUCAGGGGCCGGAUGGGAGGGGAGCGCGAGAUGGUGCUGCUGGAACCGGGCCCCCCGCGAGCGAAGAUGCCAAAAGCAUCAGAAGAGCAUAGCCACUGGGAAGCCUGUUGACUGCUAUUUUCUUAGAGUCUUGAGACUAACAUCAGUCUGACAUGGCACAGAGCAGCCAGCAACUCGACAUGCAGGUACUCCAUGACCUCCGGCAACAUUUCCCUGAGAUCCCAGAGAGUGUGGUGUCACAGUGCAUGCUCCAGAACAACAACAACCUUGAUGCUUGUUGUCGAGCUCUUGCACAGGAGAGUAACAAAUACCUAUACAUGGAGUACCACCCAGAUGACACUCGUUUGAACAGGAAUCGCCAUCUGCAUAUUAACCUCGGCAUCCAUCCUCACACCAGCUACCACGGAGGGGAUGGAGCUCAACUUAAUGGUGGCCGUACACUGGUACAUAGUUCAAGUGAUGGACAUAUUGAUCCACAACGCCCAGCAGGUAAACAACUGAUAUGCUUAGUUCAAGAACCACACUCUGCUCCAGCUGUUGUGGCAGCUUCUCCCAACUACAAUCCAUUUUUUAUAAAUGACCAGAAUAGAAACGCAGCUACUCCUCCUUUGCAACCACCUCAGCAACCUUCUUCCAUACAACCUGGAAUGAAUACAUCUGCUAUGCAAGGCCCGCCUCCUCCUGCGUAUAUGCACAUACCUCGGUAUAGCACAAAUCCUAUAACUGUUACAGUGUCGCAGAACCUCCCAUCUGGACAGACUGUACCCAGAGCUUUACAAAUUCUUCCUCCAAUUCCAAGCAAUCCUUACGGGAAUCCUGGAUCUCUCUAUAUUAGGCAGACAUCUCAAAGUUCUUCAGGACGACAGACUCCUACUCAAAGUGCACAGUGGCAUUCAUCGCCACAAGGCCCAGUGCCCCAUUAUAGUCCACAUCCACUGCCUGUUUAUCCGCACCAACAAAACUAUCAACCAUCUCAGUAUUCUCCAAAACAGCCCCAGAUUCCUCAGUCACCUUUUCAGUCGCCACCUGCUUCUCAGUGUCCUUCUCCUUUUGGCUCUCCUCAGCAUCAAGUCCAGCCUACCCCGUUGGGCCAUCAAAGUUCCCAUGUGUUUAUGCCUCCUAGUCCUUCAACUGUGCUACCCCAUUCAUAUCAACAAACGCCCCAAACAUAUCAAAAACCAAGUGGACACUCGGUAUCUUAUCUUCCCUAUGGUGGACCUAGCUUAUCCAAAAGCUCCAUGAACAAGAUAGAAAUUACCGUUGAGCCACCACAAAGGCCUGGGACUACAAUGAAUAGGAGCCCUUCACCUAUAAGUAACCCACCUUCCCAACGGAAUCAGCACCCACUGUACACACCUGCUACUCCUCCUUCAAGUUCUCCUUCCAGAAGUAUGUCAGGUCAGCCCAAACCUCCUUAUAGUGUUAAUCCUUUAUAUAUAACAUAUACACAGCCAGCUGGACCUACGGGUGUGCUUACUCAGUCACCUCGGGUCAUGGUAUCUCAGCCAAAUCCAGCAGUUUUUAAAAUCACCGUAGGCAGAGCACCAGCUGAGAACCUUUUAAAUUUAGUGGACCAAGAAGAGCAUUCUACAGCACCAGAACCAAUUCAGCCUAUUUCAGUUGUACCAGGAUCUGGAUGUGAAAGAGGAAGCCAUAAGUAUCAGAGGAGCUCCAGUUCUGGGUCUGAUGACUAUGCUUAUACUCAAGCCUUGUUGUUACACCAACGUGCAAGGAUGGAGAGGCUAGCAAAAGAACUGAAAUUUGAAAAUGAGGAGCUUGAAAAGCUGAAAGCUGAAGUGAAUGGCAUGGAACACGAUCUUAUGCAAAGGCGUCUGAGAAGAGUAAGCUGCACAACCUCAAUCCCAACACCUGAGGAGAUGACCAGAUUGAGAAGCAAGAACAGGCAGCUCCAGAUAAACGUUGACUGUACACAGAAAGAAAUAGACCUCCUUCAGUCUAGAGGGAACUUUGACCCAAAAGCCAUGACUAACUUUUAUGAUCAUAUAGAGCCUGGUCCUGUUGUGCCACCAAAGCCAUGUAAAAAAGAUCAUCAGAGAAGUUCCAAGCAAGCUGCACGAUCACAGCCAAGAGACGAAGACUUUGAAGGAGCUCCGUGGAAUUGUAAGAGCUGUACUUUUUUAAACCACCCAGCAAUGAAUCGCUGUGAGCAAUGUGAAAUGCCGCGGUAUGCCUGAAUCCAUAAAGGUCUGCUUUGGAUUAAAAACAAGCUCUUGAGGACACAGCCAUAGGAGACGAAUAUAUGAGACACCUUUCAGUCAUCUGCCAGGCGUUUGCCAGCCAAUUAUUUCAAAUUAUAAGGGAGAGAUCCCCCUUCCAUUCAUGCUGCACUAAAUAUUAGUUUGGGGAAAAUACUCUUAUCCCACUGCGUUGAGCAAGACUGAAAGGAUACCCAAAAUGGAUUCCCUUGGUGAAGAAUGUAUAAGGAAUCAGAUGAUUGCUGCUGUUCUAGCCCCUAUAAUUACAUUUGCUGGGUAGUAGCCCUUAUAUAUAUAUAUUUUUAUAAGCAUAGAACUAUUACUUUGUGGUGUGAAGUGUUACAGGUAUCCAGACAAACUGUGAAGAGCCAGAUCUGAUAAUCUGGCCACAGCCGUUUGGAAAACAAAGACUCCCUAUGUUUCCAGAUUGUAAACUACUGAAAAAGAAGGAAGGUGUUUUUCUUUUUUGGGGGGGGGGGUUGAGCAAAAAAAGUAAAAAAUAAGGAUAUUUGUAAAUGCUGCUUUUUUCAGGGUAAUUUAAUUCUACACAAAUGCUGUUUUGAAAUUGUGGAUCAUGGUGAGGAGGGAGACGUACUGUAUGAGCCUUAUUUAUAGAGUACAAUCAGAGGUGAUUUUACAAUCCCUUUUGCUUGUACAGCGCUCACCAAGUCAUGUUAACACUGGUAAUUAAGUAAUUAUAUCAUAUUACAGAGGAAGAAAAUAGUGCUGCAUGCUUUUAUUAGGCCAUUGUGUUUUAAAGCUAAAAGUAAAUUAUGCUUUUAUAAACGACGUUCCCUUAAAACUGUGCUUGAUGACAGUAGAGUGGACGUAUGCCAAAUGCAGAACUAUUCCAAAUUCUUUUUGGAAGACUUGAGCUCAGCCAUUGUUAUGAGAAGUGUUUGCACCCUUUUCCUUAGGCCUUUUCAGCUUCCAAUUAUGUGAAGAAUUCAUUAUGUUUACAGCACAGAAGGUACUUUGUGCCCCCAUUCUGAUUUAGCUGAAAAACAGUAAUCAAUAUUAGCUCUUCAAUAAAGGUUUAUUUGCACACUGCCAAUAAGCCAGUCUGUAUUAAUUAGUAAGAGCAGCAGAUCUUUAAAUGCAUUUUU